AUAUGAAACAUGGCAACCGCAUCCAUCGCGAAACAGCCCGAGCGCACUCUUCAUCACGUGCACCUCUUUACCCUUCUUGGAGAAUAUUUAAUCGAGUAAUUCUAUGUGUUACUCAGUAUUUCACCUCAUUUUACUAGUCGUUGAGCUGCUUUUUUAAGUGAUUAUUUGUUGUCCAUCUCACUCGGAAUAUGGAUAUUUGGACUUUGGAUAUUUGGCUGCGUUGAAGGGACCCGCUGCCUGCCUGUCCAUCAUAAUGGAUCAAGAUGAAAACCAAGAACCUUUUCAUGCCCUUUACGGGCCCAAUCGGAUGCGGCCAUCAUCGUACCGGGCACUGCGAAGUGCGGUGUCCAGCCUGGCACGAAUCGACGAUUUUUUCUGUGAAAAAAUCGGUUCUGGGUUCUUCUCAGAAGUCUUUAAGGUGCAGCACAGGAUCACUGGGCAGGUGAUGGCUCUGAAGAUGAACACAAUGGCUAGUAACAAAGCCAACAUGCUGAGAGAGGUGCAACUCAUGAACCGCCUUUGCCACCCCAACAUCCUCAGGUUUUUGGGUGUAUGUGUUCACGAAGGACAGCUUCAUGCUCUAACAGAGUACAUAAAUGGGGGCAACUUGGAGCAGCUACUGGACAGUGACAUAUAUCUGUCAUGGACUGUGAGGAUAGGUCUGUCUCUGGACAUUGCAAGAGGGCUGCAAUAUCUACACAGCAAGGGCAUUUUCCACCGAGAUCUUACAUCUAAGAAUUGUCUGGUGCGUUGUGACAAUGGUGCUUUUACAGCUGUGGUUGGGGACUUUGGGCUGGCAGAGAAAAUCCCUGAUUAUAGUGAUGGUGUUGAAAAGCAGCCUUUGGCGGUUGUGGGCUCCCCCUAUUGGAUGGCUCCAGAAAUGUUAAGAGGAGAGCUGUACAAUGAGAAGGCGGAUGUCUUUUCAUAUGGAAUAAUCCUUUGUGAGAUUAUUGCUCGAAUUGAGGCUGACCCAGAUAUUCUCCCACGGACAGAGGAUUUUGGACUGGAUGUGGAAGCCUUUGGGCAUAUGGUGGGAGACUGUCCGCCUCCAUUCCUUCGCCUGGCUGUCAAUUGCUGCAAUAUGAGUGCAGACAGUCGCCCUGCCUUUUCUGAAAUAGUAGUAACACUUGAGAUGAACGAGAGAGAAAGAGUGAAAAGUGAAGUUCCAGUCAUCCUAGAACCCAUUGCCAUUGACGUCAGCCCGUAUAGGAGAAGAAGCUCACCAUGCUAUCCCGGUGACCAGCGCCUGUCACGUAGUCAGUCAGACGUAUUGCCCCCUGCCACAUCACCAUGUUUAGGCACUCCUGCUCGGGUCAACCCAUUCUCUCUUCGCCAAGACCUCAACGGUGGUCGCAUCAAGCUGUUCGACACCCCUAGCAAAUCUGUCAUCUCUCUUACCUUUACCCUUCCACCACCUCCAGACCCUUGUGCCUCCCCACCACUGAACGGGAGCCCGGGGCUCCGAGGACCCCCUCGAAGGUGUCGGUCCCUGCCGUGCACCCCUGAUCUGGGUCGACAGCUACCCUUCCGGGACCAAGAGGGCCGUAAAGAGGAAGAGGAUGAGAGAAAUGAAGAACUGGGAGAUGGAAUUCAAGAGAAGGAGUCGGAAGGACGGCAAGAUGAUGUGGAGGACUCAGGCCUGGUUCUGGACUUAGAUAUGGUGUCUUUAGAACGGGUAGAAGAGGAGGAGGAAGAUGUGGAGAAGGAGGGCCUGAACCUCACAGAGCCCAUGGACUGUAGUAGUUCACCUGACACAGCUGAAGGAAACGUGUCAGGGAAGCGGCUUAUUAGCGGUUCUUCUUAUUCCCCGUCCUUAAAAUCCAAUGGUUGGGCUACGCCCAUCUCAAACGGACCAACGUUAUUACCUCCCCUUCCCCGUUUGGACAACAACAAUGGACUGCUGAGGCCUGGGCGCCCGUUUGCAUGGGCUAGACUCAAAGGAUACCGAGGCCCCGCCCCGGAGCCUUUACCGCCUACUAAUGAACAAGACGAUGUCAUGUCAUGUCCGGCCUGUUGUCUGGCGGGGUUCAGCUUCCCUUCCUUGUGCCUGCGUGGACCACCCCCAUCGCACCGUGGACCUCCACGAAGACCUUACAGGAACUUCAACAGAGGGGAAGCGUCUGCAGCCACUGCAAAGGGACUGCUCUGUCGGGGAGCAACGGGUCUGGCUUUAUCCGCUGCAACCUGUGAGCCAGGGUUACCUCUGCCAGAGGCCCAGACCUAAAGAUGACCACUGCAACAUCUCAGAAACUGCUCAAUAUUUACAACGAAACAGAGUCGGGACGCAUCAGACAUGUCAGUAUGGUUAUCUUACUGGAUGCAGUGUGGGAUGAACCAUUGAAAAAGAGGUAUAGUUCACCUAAAAAUGAAAACUCAUGAGUUACCUGUACGACUUUCUGUAUUCUGUGGAACAGAAUCAGGUCCAAGUCUUUUGAGAUGUGGGUGAGUAAAUUAUUUUCUAGGGCUACACAGUAUAUCAAAAUAAAUUACAUUUUGUGACAUGGCUUAGUGUGAUUGUCAAAUUGUGCAGGCUACAAUUUAUUUAAAUAAAUAUUAUAUGCAUUACCAGUUUCAGCGGAUUGCAUUUAAAUGAAUACUGUGCCAUGCUUUACUCUGAAAAAAGGCAGUGCAUAUAUUUAUUUGCUGGCAACUUGUCAAAGUAAAAGCUUGAUGGUUUAACUUUGGAAAUAAAGUAACUAAGAUGCAAAGAUUAGUAUAAUUAUUUGAUGGUUUUACAAUAAAUUAAAAAUUUUACAGUACAAUAGUAUUAUUACCUUAUAUUAUUUAAUAAUAAUCACAAUAAACAAAACAGCACAAAAAUAUUGGGAAUGUGGCCUAUGAAAACUUAAGUAGAAAGAGAUGAGUUCAAUUUAUAGUUACUGUCUGAUAUAGGUUUGAGUAAGUUAAAACUUAAACAUUUUUACAAUUAAUCAGAAAAGUUAAAAAAUUAAGUUUUCCCAAAUUGUUAAGCUCUUUAUAUAUAUAUAUAUAUAUAUAUAUAUUAACCCUACAAAAUCACUACAGUCAUUCUAAAAUUACUUUUCCUCCCAAAUAUAGUUAUAUUAGUCAUCCGCAGAAAAAAACAAAUUGCAAUAUUUUGUGUAGUCCUAGAAUUUUCUUUUUGAGUGAAAUACACCUUCAAUGCAUUAGAUAUACACACGUUAAAAGUGAGAAAUGAAAGGCAUUCUGGUACCAUAGUGCCAGUUCUUUAUAAUGUUUUUUUUUUUUUUUUGUACUGUAAUUCAGAAUAACGUAAAAUCAUCACUUUACAAUACUGUCUGCUUUUUAUUGUGUGCUCUUUUUGGCUCCAUAAAUGUUUGAUUGACUCAAAGCCACUGUUAAAAAAAAAGUGUUUGUUAUAAGGGUGACCUAUGUGAAAAUAGUGGCAUGUCAAGCAUUUUAUGUGUAUUAUCUCAUGUAUUUAUUUAUUAGAUAAGCAUUCCUCAGAAGGACUGAGUGCUCUUCACUUUGCUGUGAGAGUGGACUAGGGUGUGUUGAUACAAUUUUGUGAUACACAUGUAUGUUUAGAUGCAAUGUAUGCAGUAAAUCGGUAAUUCUGUAAAAUGUACUGUUUAAUAGGCUUUUUUAAAUGAAAACUUCCAUGUUUUGAGUUUUACACAAAUGAAGAUGUGUAGGAGUGCCUGUAGAGGAUAGCAGGAUACUUUUUAUUUUAUCUCCCCCUAGUGGUCAGGAGGACACCCUCUUGUUAGAUCACUGCUG